CAGGAUAAAUCUGCCCUCCCCUAAAAGCCACCCAGAGCACCUAUAGGACGUGCGCUGGCAGGAGCCAGACGGAAGAUCUCCUGCGGAGCAGCGCUGGCCUCAGGGACUGCGGCGGUUGCGUGUGAGAAGCCGUCCUGCGCCAGCACCAGACCUGCUGGGACACCCCCGCCGCGGGGCAGGCGGCCAGCCCCGGCACAGCCAUGAGCCUGGAGGUCUCCAAGCCAGAGGUUAAAUCAGCCACCAGAGUGACCGGUGGACCCGCCACCCCCCGGAAGGGACCGACCAAAUUCAAGCAGAGGCAGACAAGGCAGUUCAAAAGCAAGCCCCCCAAAAAGGGGGUGCAGGGGUUUGGUGAUGACAUCCCGGGCAUGGAGGGGCUGGGAACAGACAUCACCGUCAUCUGUCCCUGGGAAGCCUUCAGCCACCUGGAGCUGCACGAGCUGGCUCAGUAUGGCAUCAUCUAGGUAGGCCGUGGCCACCGCCACCCGCCCACCCCGCAUCAUGGCGUAGGUAGAAGCCGCCCCAUCCACGCAGUGGGGCUUAGCCUGGAGAAAUGCUCAUUAAAACCCAGAACAAGCGCAAGA